AUGUCCUCGACUACCCACUUUCCCGAUACCGAGGGUUUCCAAACACAGUCUGACAACUUCAUAUCAUGGCUGCAGGCCAGCCCAGGAGUGCAACUCAAUCCUAAAUUGAGACUUGCAGACCUACGGGCAAACGGUGCAGGACGAGGUGUGGUGGCACAGGACAACAUCCCCGAAGGCGAGGAACUCUUUUCGAUCCCCCGUGCUAUGGUUCUAGCUGUCCAGAACUCAGACCUGAAGACCCUGCUGGGACAAGAUCUAGAGCAGCUCGGCCCAUGGCUGUCUCUGAUGCUGGUUAUGCUGUACGAGUACCUUCAGGGAGACAAGUCCCGGUGGGCUCCAUACUUCAAGGUCUUGCCUUCUCGGUUCGAUAGUCUGAUGUUCUGGUCACCUGCCGAGUUGCAGGAACUGCAAGCAAGCACCAUUGUUGAGAAAAUCGGCCGACAAGGCGCUGAAGAGUCGAUCAUGGAAAUGAUCGCUCCUAUCGUCAGGGCAAACCCCGCUCUAUUCCCACCGACCUCUGGUCUGGCGUCCUAUGAUGGCGAUGCUGGUGCUGCCGCUCUGAUUGAGCUGGCCCAUGUCAUGGGGUCUCUUAUCAUGGCCUAUGCCUUUGACAUUGAGAAGUCCGAGGAUGAUGAUGAUGAGGGAGACGCAAACGAUGAAAGCUAUAUGACCGACGAUGAGGAUGAACAGCUGCCAAAGGGCAUGGUCCCGCUCGCCGAUCUCCUGAACGCUGACGCAGAUCGAAACAACGCCCGUCUGUACCAAGAGGAAGGCGCCCUUGUCAUGAAGACAAUUAAGCCAAUUCAAACAGGCGAGGAGAUUUUCAACGAUUACGGAGAAAUCCCACGGGCAGAUCUCCUUCGCCGUUACGGCUAUGUGACCGACAACUACGCCGUCUACGACGUAGUCGAGUUGUCACUGGAGACCAUCUGCCAAGCCGCAGGUCUUCCCAACAGCGACGUUGAGUCUCAGCCUCGUCUCGAAUUCCUCGCCGAGCUCGAUAUUCUGGACGAUGGCUACGUGAUCCCCAGACCUGUUGAAGCCACCACUACCCUGGAAGACAUCCUGCCAGCCGAGCUGGUCAUUCUCCUGAGCACGCUUUCUCUUUCCGAAGAAGACUUCAAGCAGCGCCAAUCCAAGAACAAGCCACCCAAGCCGGCUUUGGAAGCUAACCAAGCUGCCAUUUUGAUCAAGGCUUUGCACUCGCAACAAGCUCAAUAUGCCUCUUCGCUGACACAAGACCUCCAGCUUGCUGCCUCACUUCCUCCGUUGGAUGCGCUGGAUACAUCGUCUCGUCGCGCAAGAAUGGCCCUUCAGGUUCGCAUCGGCGAGAAGCAGGUUAUUCAGACCAUCUUGGGCAUGUUGGAGCCGGCUACGACUGGCUCGUUGAAGCGCGCUGCUGGCGAUGACGGUGAGUCCCGACAGUCCAAGAACCAACGGGUUUGA